AAACACGGAAGAAGAGAGGUGCGGUGAAGACAGAGCAGCAGGAGGAGAUGCAGGAGUGCGGCAGAGAAGCCGAGGAGCACAGUGAGCAGGAGGAGAGUAGAGCCGAAGUGGAAGCAGGAGGUAGCAGGAAGGUAAAAAGUGACACUCAGGAAGUAACGUUAGGCUGUGUGUAAGGUGACUGCAAAGGAGGUGCUGUACGUUCAACCGAUUGAGAUAAUAAAAUAAUAAAAAACUUAUUGCAGUAAUAAAAGGUGAUUUUACAGGCUUAAGAUUGAUCUAUAACAACACCAGAUAAGGAGCAAGGAUCCAGAGACUCCGAUCACCAUUGUGAUGUCAUCAGAAAUCCUCUUCAAGAAGGAGAAGCAGAGCAGCAGAUCAAUGAUCCCUGGGCCUGCCUUCUCCUUUGUCAAGGCUCUGAAGGCAGCGAAUGCUAAAAUUAAGAUGCGUUACCCUGAGAGUGAGGAGCUCUUUAAGGUCGUGCUCAUCCCUGACAAACCAGACUUGAAAAAAAGAAUCAUCAAAGACAACAAUCUGGAGGACAUAAUUACUCUCUUGUUAGUGAGGGAAGAGGAUCUCAUAGGUGAAUUACAGCGAAACAAUAUCCAUCUAUACCUGUCUGCUCCACCUGGGUUGAAGGUUCCAGAUGCGAUAAAAGCGGGCAUUGCAGCUGCUGUCAUGCAAACCCCUGAAAACAUCACAGAAGUGCCGGAGACCCCGCUGCGUGUUGUCUUCGAUGGUGACGCUGUCCUCUUCUCUGACGAGUCUGAGCGUGCUUUCAAGGAACGUGGACUGGAAGGGUUCUUGCAAAAUGAGAGAGAAAAGGUCAACGUGCCAAUGCCCAAAGGACCAUUUAAGGACUUCCUGGAGGCUUUAGGAAGGCUGCAGAAGAAAUUUGAAGAAAAAAAUUGCCCCGUUCGUACCUACCUGGUGACAGUUCGUGAUGCAGGCAAUGCAGGAUAUAGAGCCCUAAACACUCUGAAGACAUGGGGUCUGGAGAUUAAUGAGGCUUACUUUUUGGGAGGGGCUCCCAAAGGCCCUGUGCUUAACAUGAUCCGCCCCCACAUCUUUUUUGAUGACCAGAUACGUCAUGUUCAGGGCGCAAUGAAGGAGGGAGUGGUGGCAGGUCAUGUGAAAUACCAGUAGAGUAUCUAAGCCAUAGGGUCACAGGGUACAGCUAAUGACCAUUUUAACAAUAAAAACUUUUUUUUUUGAGACACAAUCAUUAAAUUGUAUUACUUUACCUCUUGGGUUUUUUAAUUUGGUGUUUUUUCUGGCUACUGCUUUCUGCAUAAACUUUUCAUUUGUGGAUCUAGCAUGUAGGUGGUGUUACUAUGUACUGUCUGUGCCUGAGGUAGUUUUAAUAUAGCAAAUUUAAGGCAACAUGGGAAACAGCAGAAUUCAUCUGUCACACUUCAUUCAGAGGCUUUCAGUCAUCCUCUGCCAGCCCUACCCAUUCCACUGACUGUCCUGUUGUUUCAGAUCCUGCUCUGCAGGGCAGCCACUUUACCAGUCACCUGACUCCCACACACACCUGCUCACCUGUUCCCCAUUUCCUCAUUUGUAUCUUGCCUAAGAAACCUUUGUGAACCAUUCAAGAUAGACCUGACCUUUGUCUGUGUCAUAAACUCAGGCUAUUGGCCUUGCCUCUGAAUUGCUCACCCCCCUAGUGUGCUCUGAUUGGUCAGGGGAGACGUCUAUCAACAAGCUAGAGUCAUUCAGAAAAGCUGUGAAAAAACAGGGAAGAACAUUAAGUCUUAUGCUCACAUUUCUGUGUUUUAGUCAGGAGACUUUUGACAUAAUUUCAAUUGGUGCUUCUAGCUGACUUCACACACACACACACACACACACACACACACACACACACACAGACACACACACGUUGCUGUUUCUCUCUAAUUGAGAUUCCAGUUUAAAAGAUUUUCAUAAUGUAAAUCAAAAUAAAAGGUGUUGAUUGUGAGGAUACAUAAUAUGUAGUUAAAAAAAAACAACUAAUAUCUUUUAGAAGCCAGCAACGCAGUUUAGUGUCAGCUAUUCCAGAAUCCAGCAAUGCCUCUGCAAUUUCUUCAGAAACUGCAUCACCUAGUUGCAUUUGGUAUAGCAAAUAUGACAAGAGUAGAAAACAGCUGUAAAUGGAUCAGUCAGUCUGACUCAUGUCUUUCAGCUAAUCCAAAAUGAAAACUUUUAACACUUUUACUGAUGAUAACAGGAAGAAAAGACAGAAAUACUUAAGUAUUGCUAAACCAGUUUAGUUCUGAUCUGACUGCUCCUUCAAACUUGCACCAGGACAGACUUUAAUCUUUACCAAGUCACUGAAGAAAAUAAUGUUUUGUCACUGCAGGCCAUGGUGGUUCUAUUAAAUAUUAAUUGUAU